ACAGACAUGAGCCCCUCGGACUCCCUCCUUCCCGGGUGUGCCCAAGGAAAGAUGAGCCUGACGUGGGCAGAAUUCAGAUGAGCGGGACAGUGCUGUGGAGGAUCUGCGAACCUUGAAAUGGCACCAAAAACCAAGAAGGGAUUGAAAGUGACACCACCUGAGAAACCUGUUAAACAAGCUUCACGUGCCAGAGACACCACAGGUGUAUCUCAGGCUCUUCCUUCAAAGGCCAGAAUGAAGUCCCUCCUGGAAGACGGCCCCAGGGCAAGCCUGGCAGGAGCUGAUGCGGAGGUUUCAGAUAUCUCAGAUGCAGACCCAGAGGCUUUGCUGCAGGCCAUAAAGGACCUGGACGACAUGGAUGCUGACCUUUUCGGUCUGAAGAAGUCUAAUCCGGCCUCCAGCAAAAGAGCUGCAAAGGGCCCUGGGAAAGAAGAACUGCCCAGUGACCCCAGACCUGCUGGCAAGUUAAUAGCCAACGAGAGAGGGGAUACCAUUGCCACCAAGAAGCCACCUCCCUCUCCCGGCAGCUCGCCUCAGCAUCAGUACAGGAGGUUUUCCUUUGGAGACUCGGAGGACCCGUUGGCAGGACUUCUCUCCGAUGAUGAGGAAGAAAUCGCCAAGAAGCCGCCCGUGACGGGGAGUAAGGCUGCUUCUGACAAGAGCCCCGGCACAGUCAGAGAUCAAGGUCCUUCUAUUCCUCUGACUCCUGGGGACACCCCUGUCCGAAAGAAAGAACUGUUUGAUGACGGGGAUGACAUCAUGGCUGCCCUGGGGUUUGGAGACAGCCCCAGUGCAGAGAGGAGGCAGAUGGGAGGCCAGGAAGGGCCCCGUCCUGCACGCUCCAAGCUGGAUGAGCUGCUGGGCCGAGGCACUGCCACCACACUGCUGGCCUGCCCAGGCACAGGGGAGCGCAGGGAGUUCGAGCUAGACAAGAAGUACCAGAGGCCGCAGGAUGAAGAUGCCUGGGACGAUGAGGACUUCACCUUCGGAGCCUAUCAGCCCACCGUGGGCUCCUCCAAGGGCCGGCAGUCCCGCCGGCAGUUGGUCAGGUUCUUAGCAGAUGGUGGUCCAGAUGCCAAGGGAGAACCAGGCUCCAAACAGAGCCUUCCAGCAGUUUCCAGUCCCAUCCAGCCCAAGAAGGGAGGAGCCGACUGGUUGGGCCUCAAGGACGACAGCUUGGACCCACUUUGUCCCUCUCCUACCAGAGAGGCCCAAAGGGGAGGCUCGGUGCACUCCUCACCCUCCGCACCCCCUCCUGUGAGGCAGCACCCUGCCCCGGCUGGGCUGCCCUCCUCGGGGACAAAGCCACCAGCUGAGGGUGCAGGGUACCCUGCCAAAGCCAGCCAGGCUUCCAAGCCAGGAGCAUCCGAGGAGAAAGAGGAGGACUGGCUGAGCCAUGCCCUGUCUCAGAAGAAGUUCCAAGGCCUGGCCAGAGAGGAGUGCACUGAGGCCUCUGAGGGCCCAAGCGUGGUGGGACUAGCAGGCCAUCCCCCUCUUGGCAGCCGGCCAGCUGCCAGCACUCGAGGGCUUGAGCAAGCAGCCACUGGAGGGACCUCAGGAACAACAGUGCGAGAAAUACCUCCUGCCAGGCCCAACGUCUCGAGGUCCUCGGUGACUUGGAAUCAGACCACCUUGGCCCUCCCCGCGGGUGUCCCAAAGACGGGAACGGCCCCUGGAGACCUCUCCAGCACCGAGCCUGCCAUUUGUGUCCCAAGCUCCCAGGAACCCACAGGCCUUCCUGUGCCUGGCCAGGCAGGGAGGAUGGAUGAACAGUCCCUGCUCCCAGAGUCGCUGGCGCGGAGCCUGCUGCCAGGCACAGAGUACCAGAAGCAGCUCCUGGCAGCACAGGUGCAGCUUCAGAGCGGCACCACCCGGCUCCAGGCUGAGCUACUGCAGAGCCAGGCACAGCUGGCCGAGCUGGAGACCCAGGUGCGGAAGCUGGAGCUGGAGCGGGCCCAGCACAAGCUGCUGCUGGAGAGUUUGCAGCAGAGACACCAGGCGGACCUGGAGCUCGUCGACAGCACACACAGAAGCCGUGUCAAGGUGCUGGAAACAUCGUACCAGCAGCGGGAGGAGCGACUCCGGAGAGAGAACGAGGAGCUGUCAGCUCGCUACCUGUCGCACUGCCAGGAGGCUGAGCAGGCCCGCGCCGAGCUCACAGCCCAGCACCAGCGGCGCUUGGCAGCUGCUGAGCAGGAGAAGGAACAGGAGAUAGAGCGGCUCCGGGAGCUGCAGCGGGCGUCCAUCCUGGACAUGCGCAAGGACCACGAGGAGCAGCUGCAGCGGCUGAAGCUGCUGAAGGACCGAGAGAUCGAUGCGGUCACCAGUGCCACCUCCCACACACGGUCCCUGAAUGGCAUCAUUGACCAGAUGGAGAAGUUCUCCAGCAAGCUGAACGAGCUGUCCUCUCGUGUGGAGGCCUCACACCUCACCACCUCCCAGGAGCGGGAGCUGGGGACCCGGCAGCGAGACGAGCAGCUGCGAGCACUGCAGGAGCAGCUGGGCCGGCAGCAGCGGGACAUGGAGGAGGAGCGGAGCCGGCUCCAGGAGGUCAUCGGGAAGAUGGAGGCGCGGCUAAACGAGCAGAGCCGGGUGCUGGAGCAGGAACGCUGGCGAGUGCAUGCCGAGCAGGCCAAGAUGGAGUCCAUGCAGCACGCCCUUGAGGAGCAAAGGAAGGUCAUGGCCCAGCAGAUGGCCAUGGAGAGGGCCGAGCUGGAUCGGGCCAAGAGUGCCUUGCUGGAAGACCAGAAGUCCGUCAUGCACAAGUGUGGGGAGGAGCGCCGGCGCCUGGCAGCCGAGUGGGCCGAGUUCUUCGCACAGCAGCAGCUGAGUAAGGAGCGGGCUGAGCGCCAGGUGGAGCGGGCACUGCAGGUGGACACCCAGCGGGAGAGCACUCUCGUCAGCCUGGCCAAGGAGAAGGCCGAGCUCAAGAUCCGGGCCAGCGAGCUCCAGGCCAAGGAGGAGCAGCUGGCGGCCGAGAGGGAGGCCCUGGAGCGGGAGCGGCAGGAGCUGCGACUGGAGAAGGAGAGGGUCAGCGUCGCUGCCCUGCGCGUCAGGCUCCACUCGGAGGAGGUGGAGAGCAUGAGCAAGGUGGCCUCAGAGAAGUACGAGGAAGGGGAACGCGCCUUGCGCCAGGCCCAGCAGGUGCAGGCGGAGCAGCAGGCCCGGCUGCAGGCGGUGCAGCAGCAGCAGGAGCGGCUGCGGCAACAGGAACAGCACAUGCACCAGGAGCACCUGAGUCUAGCCCAACAGAGGCUGCAGCUGGACCGUGCACGACAGGACCUGCCCUCCAGCCUCACGGGGCUGCUCCCCAAGGCCCCGGGCCUGGCAGCCUCCAGCCUGAGUGCCCUCAUGAUGACUCCUACCGCUUCUCAGUGCAGCCAGCCACUGGCCAGCCCGGGCCCAGGACCCUCUAACCUCUACGCCAAACUGGUGCUGCUGAAGCACACGGCCGAGCAGGACCGAGACUUCUUGGAGAAUGAGCAUUUCUUCCUGGAGACCCUGAAGAAAGCAUCCUACAAUGUGACAUUCCAUUGAGCCUGAGAAGGGUCUCAGCUUUCUCAACAGAGGACUCUGACCCUGACUCUCUGGCACCACUGCUGGCUACCAGCUCCAUGGAGGUGGUGCCCAGGGCCUGAUUACAGCUCUUUUGUGGACAGGGUGCAAGUGUGUCCUUUCUAAGUGCCACAGCCAUGCCUCUGGGGCUCUGAGAUGCCAAAACUGUCACACCACGGCUCUGGCUCUCCCCCACAGCCAUGCUGCUGAGAUCUGAGGGUCUCAGUUCCAACUGGUCUCUGAGGGACACCCCCACCAGCCCCCUGCAGACAGAUGGUUGAGGGAUCUUUUUGCCUGGGCCUCUUUGGAGGAAGGGGCUUCUCUCAAGGGAUGCCACAAGCAGCCUUCCUCGAUCCCUGCCUGACGGGUCCCCUCCCUACUGGAGACCUGGAGAAGGGUCUCCUGGCCUCCAGAGAGGGAAGAAGGGUGGCUGCAGGGAGGGCGACCAGCCAGAUGCUACCUCACAGUUUGAUGAGCUUCUGGAACUCAGCCAGCCCAUCUUCUUGGGUGUGCAGGAAGCCCCUGCCCCAUUCCCAGCGCUGCCCUUAAGACCAACUAGACCAACUAGCAUGGACACUGGCCUCCUGCCUCCUCUUCCUCCAUCAUCUAGGUGCCCCACCAGUGGCACGGGAGGGAGCUCUGGACGAGGGGGGUGUGGGAGGGACAAGGAGAGAAGGCUCCCCUGUGCUAUUCACCUGCCCAAAGCUACAGCCCAGUGGAAGUGAAGAAGGACAGAGUGAGAGCCUCCCUCAGAGGGGAGGGCGCUGGUGCUAGGGAGACGCACAAGCUGCACUCCCAGCUGCUGCCACCCGCCUGUGCCUCUGCCCGCUCUGCCUCUGCUGCCCUCCACCUGCGGGGGCUGCCCAGGCCGCCGGAGGGUGCCUGCAGAAUGGCAGGAG